CUGCGGCCCCUGGACGUCCUGGCGGAGGUGGUCCCUUCCGAUGGCGCCACGAGCGGGAUCAGGAUCGUCCAGGUUCACGGUGCGCGAGGACUCCAGCUCUCCGCAGCCGCCCCCCACACCAUGAGCUUCCCCGCAUCCAGGAUUUUCUCCCGCUGUGACCUCUUCCCUGAAGAAUUUUCCAUCGUCAUAACUUUGAGAGUUCCCAGGCUUCCAGCCAAGAGGAACGAGUACCUGCUGACCGUGGUGGCCGAGGACAGCGACCUGCUGCUGCUCGGCCUGCGCCUCUCGCCCUCCCAGCUGCACUUCCUGUUCCUCAGCGAGGACGUGGCCGGGGCCUGGCAGACCCGCGUGUCCUUCCGCAGCCCGGCCCUGGGGGACAGCCGCUGGCACACGCUGGUCCUGGCUGUGACCGCAGGCGUCUUCUCCCUCACCACGGACUGCGGCCUCCCGCUGGACAUAAUGGCCGAUGUGCCCUUCCCAGCCACCCUAUCGGUGAGAGGAGCUCGGUUCUUCAUCGGCAGCCGGAGGAGAGCCAAAAGCCUAUUCACGGGCCUGGUGAGGCAGCUGGUCCUGCUGCCGGGCUCAGACGCCACCCCAAGGCUCUGUCCCAGCAGGAACGCCCCGUUGGCCAUGCUGUCCGUUCCACGGGUCCUGCAGGCUUUCACAGGGAAGCCAGAAGAGAACGAGGUGCUAAAAUAUCCCUAUGAAACCAACAUUCGAGUGACACUGGGACCCCAGCCACCGUGUACUCAAGUGGAAGACGCCCAGUUCUGGUUUGAUGCUGGCCGGAAGGGGCUGUACCUGUGUGUCGGCAAUGAGUGGGUGUCUGUGUUAGCAGCCAAAGAAAGGCUGGACUACGUGGAGGAGCAUCAGAAGUUGCUCACCAGCUCCGAGACCCUGGGCAUCGAGGUCUUCCGCAUCCCCCAGGCGGGGCUCUUCGUGGUCACAGCCAAUCGCAAAGCCACGUCCGCCGUGUACAAGUGGACCGAAGGGAAGUUCGUCUCGUAUCAGAGCAUCCCCACGCACCAAGCACAGGCCUGGAGGCAUUUCACCAUCGGGAAAAAGAUCUUUCUGGCUGUGGCUAAUUUUGAACCAGAUGAAAAGGGUCGGGAGUUCUCUGUCAUUUACAAAUGGAGCCACAGAAAGCUGAAGUUCACCCCGUACCAGAGCAUUGCCACACACAGCGCCCGGGACUGGGAGGCCUUCGAGGUGGACGGGGAGCACUUCCUGGCGGUGGCCAACCACCGGGAAGGUGACAACCACAACAUUGACAGCGUCAUCUACAAGUGGAACCCAGCAACCCGGCUCUUCGAGGCCAACCAGACCAUCGCCACCUCUGGCGCCUACGACUGGGAGUUCUUCAGCGUGGGGCCCUACUCGUUCCUGGUGGUGGCCAACACCUUCAACGGCACCUCCACCAAGGUGCACUCGCACCUCUACGUCCGGCUCCUGGGCUCCUUCCAGCUCUUCCAGUCCUUCCCGACGUUAGGUGCUGCGGACUGGGAAGUCUUCCACAUUGGGGAGAGGAUCUUCCUCGCCGUGGCCAACAGUCACAGCUACGACGUGGAGAUGCAAGCCCAGAAUGAGUCCUACGUCAUCAACUCUGUCAUCUACGAGCUGAAUGUGACCGCGCAGGCCUUUGUCAAGUUCCAGGACAUUCUCACCUGCAGUGCUCUGGACUGGGAGUUUUUCUCGGUGGGAGAAGAUUCCUUCCUGGUGGUCGCUAACUCCUUCGACGGGCGCACCUUCUCGGUGAACAGUAUUAUUUACAGGUGGCAGGGCUACGAGGGCUUCGUGGCGGUGCACAGCCUCCCUACCGUGGGCUGCAGGGACUGGGAGGCCUUCAGCACCACGGCCGGCGCCUACCUCAUGUACUCCAGCGCCAAGGAGCCCCUCUCCAGGGUCCUGCGGCUGAGGACGCACUGAGGCCGGGGCCAUCGGGAGCCGCUGGAGUGGCCGGAUGGGGCGGGACCCCAGCACCUCCCCCUAAAUGGCCCUGGACGUCUGGUGGGCGGAACCUCGGGCAGCCGGGGCCUGGGCUGCGGGCAGGGUGCAGGUGGGGCCGUCUGCAGCCUUGGUUCGGGCAGGAACGUGCAUCCACCUCUGGGUGGUUCUGAGCCACAGCCCACAACUCUGGGUCCUGCAGGCGGAGGUCGCCCAUCUGACUGUCAGGCGGGGAUUUCACCACCAAUGAAACGUUCUAUAAAGAUUUACCUCAAACAACAGGCCCUCAGGCUUGUGACCCUAAGCUGGCCUCGCGCCAGCCCCUCCCGCUGUGUGCACCCGGCCGCCCAAGUAGACGUGGUGCCGCCCUUGACGCUGACCGCGAUGCCUCCACCUAUUUACUGUGUUUUAUCUGAGCGGAACUGUAUUUAUAUUGCUCUUUACAAAACCACUCAGCAGCA